UCUAGCAGGUUAGCCAGAGAUUCCCCCCAGGUGCCCGACAGCACUUUCAAACUACCCUGGGUGAUGCAUCCCACCUGGGAAACUUUUUUCCCCCUCUGUGGUUUUCGCCUGUGGUUUCUGCUGGCUUUAACGCGGCUUUAAUGCCGCUGUCUGGUCUGUGCAAAGCUCUCACCCUCUGUCCAGCCUCACCCUGGGCAUUAGGUUUUGUUUGGCAGUAAAAAUGCACUGAAAACACCUUGUUUAAGGACACGGCACAUCACAGCUCACACUACGGCGGGGGAAUACCUGGGUAAUAUUCACGUGGAGCGUGUGGGAAGGCGGAUGAAGUUGCAGUUGUUCGUUACGACGUCGGCUAUUCCCAGCAAAGCGCUCCGAGCUGUGCUGGCUGCUGCUCCCCCCACCGCCGCUGACCUGCCCAGCAGCUCGGUGGCAGCUCAUCAAAGGGUGCCCUGCCCAGGGCGACGCGCGGCCGCAGCAUUGCGAUGGCCCGGGCACGCAGCAGUCACGCAGGAUAGCUUUGGGGAGGAGGGUGUGCUGGGAUUAUCCCAGCUGGCUGCCCCGGCUCCUGGGGUUUAGCUCCUGUUUCGCAGCCGGCUGCGAUAGUUGCGCGAGAGCAUCUUCCAUGCCACACCUCGGCUGCUGAAGUGAAGCGGGUGCAUCCAUCCCUACUCCUGAAUAUACGACCACAGGAGGAAAAUUGUCAUCUUAAUGAGUUUCCACGUGAAAUGUGUAUCACCCCCAAAACCCUGUAACCAGGACCUGGCUGAUGAAAACCUCCAGGUUUCUGAGGUUUCAUAAAAAAUUGGCACAAGCCAGGGGGAUGGCAGUGACAUCCAUUGAGGGAGCCGGCGCCCCUCUCCCCAGGGACAGAGGAGGAGCCGGCCCCUGGGCCAGGCACCCCGUGCGAGGCACCGCAGCCCGACUCCCACCUUCUGCCAUCCUGCUGCCGAAGGGGCCGCACAAGUCCAGGCUCCCACUGGCAGAUUGCAGCUGGGGCCCGCAGGGCUCCAGUACGCUUCCCCUGCUGCGGGGCUGCGGGAGUGACCCUGCCACCAGUGGAAGUGCCUGGCCAUGGGCUUGCAAACAUGGCAGAGCCGUCACAGUCAGUUCUGCCACCCUGACCCCCAAAAGAAGCACCCCGCUGCUCUCCCGCAACACCCCGACUGGUGAGGCGUUGCGUGGCUGCAGGUCACACUGUGUAAGGGCUGGUAUCCUUUGGAGAAUAAAGCCCAGCGGAUCUGAGCUUGGGAAAUGCUCAGUUGCAACCCAGAAGCGGAAGCACCACCACCCCCGAGAGCGGGGUCUGCCCACCCCACCAGAGACCUGGGGUACACGUCCCCUUGCCCUGACCCCCGGCUGGGCUGCGCAGGGUGCACACACCCUGUCCGGAGCUGCAGGGUCACAGGCGGCAGCGGUCACACACCGUCCCCUCAAGCCGGGUGCGUUUUCCGAGAGCUCCCAGACGCUGCAUGGAAUUUUUGGUGAAAUCCUACCAAAGGCAGGUGAGAGCCAGAGCUGCGCGGCCUGCUCCGAGGCUGGCGACUGGAGCCGAGGGGAGGCAGCACAGUCACCCUCAAUUUUGGUCACCACAGAAGCACAGACACGACUUGCCCCUGCUCCUUCGCUGCACCUCGGCAGCGCUGGCUGUCCCACCGCGGCCACAGCCGCACAGCCCUGUCUCCUUGCUGGGCUUAGAGGAACCCCGGCCCCUACAGCGACCCAGGCUCCUCUCCUCCGUCUUCCAGCAUCUCCGGGUACUGAAGAACAGGUACCAGUACAGCUGUCGUGUCAGUCUGCAGGUUUAUUGUGGAGUAGGUUUGCCUUAAAAGAGUACAGAAGAGGACCAAAUUCCGGAGCAGCAGCACCCACAUGCCUCUCUCGCCAGGUACGCUAUGAACCGGGCAGGCAACGCACAACCAAUAAAUAUUCCAAACACAAGUCACGGGCUUCGGGUGUUCCUGCCAAAACCACUGCAGGGCAACAUCUGCAUCGCCCCUGCUCUCCCAUUGUGGCAACAGUGGAAUUUAAUGGAUAUUGCCAGAGUACUGACCAUCACAGCUGGCAGAUGAAACACCGUUCCCCAUGGCCGAGCCCCACGGGAGCGUCCAGGCAGACGUGGAGCACCCCGGCAGUCAGGAAGGGGCAGCAUGACAGCACGUGUGGAACAUGGACACUUUUCACUCGUACACUGAAAAAGCUCCAUGAAGUCGCUGUUAACGGGAAACCUGAUUUUUUGCAAACCGUGGGUUACCCAAGUCUAACACUGUUUCCAGUCUUUUGCUGUGGUCUGUGUCAACAAAGUGCCUUAUCAUGCAAUUCUUGACUACAGAAUAAGGACAAACACCGAGUCUGACAUACCUAUACACAAAUAAUUAAUCCUGCAGGUGCGUAUUUGCUGUAUGAAAUUAGCUUAAUUAAAAAAAAAAAUCACCUCCAGCAUCCGGGCUGCUUUAAAACGAUAGCGAUUUCUGUGAAGUGGGUUAGAAUUCCUGAGGUCAGCUGUGAGAAUCCUGCACUUUAAGGAGGAAAGUUUGAGCGAGCUGCAGAAAGACUAAUAACAGCUUUCUUUUGCCUCUCAAACACAUUUUCCGAAGGUCCUUCAGAAAGUAGGUCAGAAGACCUUAUGUCUUCCCUCAAAAAGGGAAAACAUGCCGUGAGACUUUUUAUAUUAAUAGCCUAAAGAACUAAAAAAACCUCAACAAGCCAAAGUAGCAAUCGUCAAGUUAUUAAUGACUUCUAUUACGUUCAGAGGUCUCUGCAGAUUCAUUUAAAAGUUGUUGGCAUUUUGAAUAAAAGCUCAUCCCUUAAAUUUCUGGGCAUCUGGUAUCACAACUAGUGAAGCACCACAGAGCAAGCUUUGCAGAAUAAUUGGAUCAGGGAGAAAAAUGAAUGCCCGCUAAAUAUCAAAAAGGAAUAAAAAGGCCAUAUGCAAAUUUUUAGCCAUCUGCAAACAGGGACGGAUUUUGAAUUCCAUUUCAAAGAACGCAGAAACUGAUCCUUUCACCAAAG